AUGGGAAAUUACAUUUCUUGCACAUUGUCAUCGCCGGCUGGCAAGCAUUCCGGCGGGGCUGCAAAGGUUAUUUUUCCGGCAGGUGAAAUACGGAAAUUCUACGAGCCCACAAAAGCUGCAGAACUAAUGCUUGAAUCCCCAAAUUCUUUCCUCGUAAACACGAAAUCACUUCAAAUUGGGGGAAGAUUUUCUGCACUAAAUGCAGACGAAGACCUCGAAAUGGCAAAUGUUUAUGUAUUUUUUCCGAUGAACAGGUUGAACACUCGGGUGACCACUUCCGACAUGGGUACACUGUUCUUAACAGCAAAUUCAGCUGCAAAACGGCCAGUGUCCAUUGUCAAUAUGAGAAUCUUGCCGGAAUGUAGUGAAAAACCGGUGCCGAAACUGAAUUUGAAUGAUAUUGAAGAAUUUUCGACGCCAGAGUUUCAGCACCGGCUGUCCAUUUGUCGAUCCAGGAAGCCAUUGUUGGAGACUAUAGUUGAAGAACCAGUUAAUUUGAGAAUAUAA